AUGCCAAACCUUCGUUAUCCCACUCAACCAAAUUAUUCUCUUGCUUUCCUCUUAAACAAAGAAUCAACCUCAAUGGCUGAAGACGAUCGCCAGAGCGCUUCCCACCCUUCAAAACGUCAACGUGUCAGCAAGGCUUGUGAGCAAUGUCGAAGGAAAAAGGUCAAAUGCGAUGGUGGUAUACCCCAAUGCAGCAAUUGUCGAGGACAAAAGCUAGAAUGCAAAUACAACGAGACCACAAAAAAGCGAGGACCACCCAAAGGCUAUAUUGAAGCUAUCGAAGGACGUAUGCAACGAUUGGAGGCGUUAUUAAGUAGCGUUGUCCAAGAAGAUGAUCCAAGGUCGCAGGCCAUUAUGGAAGAAUUGAAUGCACCUUUGCAUACGCCUUAUGGUGAACUUGUUCGACCCAAACUCCUUGGACGUUCACAAGCGGAUGAUGCAUCACCGAUUGCAACCACCAACACAGCAGCAAGCACAUCAUCGCAACAAGGAUCACCCUCAUCAUCAAUAGCAUCCAAUAGCAACUCACAACAAAUGCCUAUACGCCCACCCCUACCACAGCCGGAGACUUGCGUGAUUGAAAAUCCAGACAAUUUGGGCAGCCAAUAUACCGACGAGAACGGGCCAGUGCGGUAUUAUGGAAAGGCAUCUGGUUAUUACAUGCUCCGCGACAGCAAAAACUACAAACAAGGCGUGUUCAGAUUCAACUCGAGUGCAUAUCGAAGCAACAAAACGAGCAGCUUACCGUACACUGUGGAUGCAUUCGCGUUGCCACCCAAGGAUCUAUCAGAUCAUUUGAUCGACCUUUAUUUCAAACACUUUUACCCGCUGCUUCCCAUCAUGCACAAAAGGACGUUUAUGGAAUCCUAUCAAGGCAUCAAUCCCAAUUUACCAUCCAUUCCUUUGCUCUUGCUCAAUUCCAUCUUUGCUCUCUCGGCUCGCAUCUCACCAGAUAUCCGUGUACGUGCUGAUCCAUCACAACCUGACACUGCUGGCGAUGUCUUUUUCGAACGUGCUCGCUUAUUACUCGACAAUGAAUGGGAAGAUUUCACUGUAUCCACCGUGCAAUCCCUGAUCCUCCUCAGCAGCCAUCAAACGGGUCUUAUGAAUACUGUACGUGGGUGGUUGUAUAGUGGUUUGGCUUUUCGAAUGAUGCAAAAUUUGGGAAUGAACCGCAACUGUGACAAGUGGAACAUGACCGAGAUUGAACGCGAGAAUCGUAAACGAUGCUUCUUUUGCUGCUUUGUGGUGGAUCGCUUAUCAUGUGCCAUGUUUGGUCGUACACCCAUCAUUGACGAGCGUGAUUAUGAUACACCUUUCCCAACCGACAAAGACGAAGACGAUCCAAGUAUUAUUGAAAACUUUCAUCAAUUGAUCAAAUUGAGUGGUACAUUGGGAUCCGUGUUACGCCAAUUUUACACUGUUUAUGGUCGACAUCAGCUAUCAGUCAUGUCAACACCUGAUCGCGUUAUUUCGGUGUUGGAUAAGGAAUUGAAUGGUUGGAUGGCUAAGCUACCCCUGGAGAUUUUAUAUCGACCACCCAACACACGUGCUGGUGAACGUGCUGAAGCACCAUCUAUUGAACGAUGUCAAAUGCAUAUGCUCUUUUAUACCACCCUCAUUCUAUUGCAUCGCCUCUUUAUUCCCGGUCGCUGUCAAUCGGUCAAGCCAUCUGUGUUCCCAGCUAACGCCAUUUGCACCUAUGCCGCCAACAAGAUACUUGAUAUUUCAGUGUGCCUUAUGGAAGAGGAUCGGUUACAGCACAUUAAUUGCUAUGCAUUGUACUUCAUGUUCACUGCCGGCACUAUCUUUAUCAAUGAUGCCCAAUCACCGGAUGAAAUGGCUGCGUUUGAAGCCAAGAUCAAUGUCAACAAGAUCAUGCGAGCCAUGGAACAUGUGGAAAGUGUAUGGAAGACAUCAGCACGUCAUUCAAACAUCCUUGGUGAAUUAGCUGGUUUGCGUGAUAUCAACCUUGAAGAAUGUGCCACUUAUCAACAACAACAGCAGCUGAUACAACAACAAUCACCUAGCUCCUCUUCAGCAGCUAUCGCUGUGCCAAGCUCACCGCCCAUGUAUCCUGCUGAACCACCCCAACAACAACAACAGCAGCCACAACAGCAGCAACAGCAACAACAAGCCUAUGCCCAAACGAGAUCACAACCUGUAUUUGAUUACGCUAACCCUGGUGUCAACCCAUAUGAUCCCACUGCAGAAUCACCUCCCGAUGGACAACCCUUUGAUCCUAUUAGUAUGGCCUUUUGGAGUGUGCCAGGGUCGUUUGAUCUUAAUGAGUGGAAUAGCUAUCUCAACAGCAGUAGUCAACAACAACAAGAACAACAACAAGCCCAGUAA